UCAUAACACGUGUAUAAUUGAACCCAACGAUUAUUGGGAAUGACUUUCCUCCGCUAACUAAUAAAUCACAUAUUUACCAAAUGAAAUAAAUAUACUAUUCCUUGUCUCUUUGAUAAUUUAGCCUUUGAAAUAAUUUAUUUAUACAGAAUUGUCAUUAUAUAAAUAAAUUAUAAGCCUCAUUUCUCCCCUAGUCUCCAAACCAUAACCCCACAUAUUCUACAAGACUACAACCCUCUCCCCACCCCAACUUUGACCCAUAGAGAAAAAGAAAAAGAAGAAACAAAAGAGAGAAAAAACAAAUUCUCUCUUUUAUCUUAUCAUCUUUUAUCUUUCUUUUUUUUUUGAAAUCUUGUCUUCUUCUUCUUUUUCUUUCUCAAUUAACCAUCUUUGAUGAUGGCGCAAGCACAACCCGAUCUGCAGAUCGACCAACUGAGGCAUAUCUUCAUGCAUUUCGACAUGGAUCGAGACGGCAGCCUAACGCAGCUAGAACUCGCCGCCCUCCUCCGCUCCCUCGGCCUCAAAACCAGCUGCGAUCAAAUCCACGCCUUGACGGCGCACAUGGAUUCUAACGGCAAUGGCUCCAUCGAAUUCGACGAGCUCGUUAGCGCUAUCUUGCCCGACGUUAACAGAGAUGUGCUACUCAAUCAGGAACAGCUGAUGGAAGUUUUCCGGUCGUUCGAUAAGGACGGAAACGGGUACAUAACGGCGGCGGAGAUGGCGGGGCAGAUGGCGAAAAUGGGGCACCCCUUGACGUACCAUCAAUUGACGGAGUUGAUGCGCGAGGCGGACGUUAACGGCGACGGCGUCUUAAGUUUCAGCGAGUUCGCCAGCAUUCUGGGAAAAUCCGCGGCGGAGCUUCUCGCCCUCACCGCUUAGCCGCGCCGCCGUCAUCUUCGUCGUCCAAUUAACGUGCCGCCAUGCAUUAUUGUCGUUACAUACAUCUAAUGUAUAGUUAACGGCCUUUAGGGUUGGGAUUCAACCUUUUGGAAAGAAUGUAUAGUUAAGUAGUUAACGGCCGAUCAUGGAUGAUAAUCUUCACCAAGUCUAACUUAACGGCAAGACAGUCGUUGCAUGCAUGAUAAGAUAGGAUUUGUACGUCUUAUGUCUCAUCUCAUGCACGUACGAUAUUGUUUUUUUUUUUUUCCCAAUAUUCCAUUUCAUAUAGAAAUUUAAUGUUUUUGUAAUUACUUAAAACAAUGUACAAAAUUUAUGGUGGGGUGAAUUACUUAAGACUU